GCUGUUUCCCCUGCCUUUAACUGUUUUUCUCUUCCUCUCAACCAUACCUCCUCCUCUUUCCCUCCUGCUCUCCACCCUCCUGUUUUCCCUGCUUACAAACUGCUUCAACUGCUGGAUAAAAAUAGCAGUGGCAGUGGCCAGGCCAGGCCGGGAGCCAGGUAGAGCCUGAGCAGGCAGGGGGGCCCGGCAGGCCAGGCCCAAAGGGUCAGAGGGAGCAGUCCUGAGAGGCAGGGCUGGGAGUGGGGCCUUCUGGACUCUUCAGCCUGCCCGUUCUGUCUGUCCUGCCCUCCUCACCCCCACACCAAGAGGCAGAAGAGGCCUGUGGGGAAGCAGGGCCAAGACAGGACCUCACACUGCUUCUGCCCCCAGCAAGCACCGGAGGGAGGAAGCUAUCAGCCAGGCAUAACCAAGAACGCCAUCACCAUGACAACCAGUCACCAGCCUCAGGACAGGCUGCCUGCCACCCUAUCCUGGCACCCCCAUCUGGUGGCAGCUCUCUGAACCCCUUCCCCUUCUCCAUAGGCCUUGUGGCACUCACCCAGCCCCACUCUGGGACCUCUGUCCUGUGGGACCUCGGCUGGGAAUUCUCCCUUCCUUUGGGCCUCUCGAUCAAGGCCUCACCUCUCUUCCUCAAGGUACAAAGCCGUCUGGCUUAUCUUCUUCAUGCUGGGUCUGGGGACGCUGCUGCCCUGGAAUUUUUUCAUGACAGCCACUGCGUAUUUCACAAACCGCCUGGACAUGUCCCAAAAUGCGUCCUUGGUCCCUGCUGAACCGAGCAAGGACAUCCAGGCCUCGGCCAGCCCCUCAGCACCCUCGCCAGAGCGGAACUAUCUCAGCGCCAUCUUCAACAACGUCAUGACCUUAUGUGCCAUGCUGCCCCUACUGCUGUUCACCUGCCUCAACUCCUUCCUGCAUCAGAGGAUCCCCCAGUCUGUGCGGAUCCUGGGCAGCCUGGUGGCCAUCCUGUUGGUGUUCCUGGUCACUGCCAUCCUGGUGAAGGUGCCCCUGGAUGCUCCGCCCUUCUUUGUCAUCACCAUGAUCAAGAUCAUGUUCAUUAACUCGUUCGGUGCCAUCCUGCAGGGCAGCCUGUUUGGCCUGGCCGGCCUCCUGCCCGCCAGCUACACAGCCCCCAUCAUGAGUGGUCAGGGCCUGGCAGGCUUCUUUGCCUCUGUGGCCAUGAUCUGCGCCAUCGCCAGUGGCUCGGAGCUGUCGGAAAGUGCCUUCGGCUAUUUUAUCACAGCCUGUGGGGUUAUCAUUUUGACGAUCGCCUGUUAUCUGGGCCUGCCGAGGCUGGAAUUCUACCGCUAUUACCAGCAACUCAAGCUCGAAGGGCCUGGGGAGCAGGAGACCAAGCUGGACCUCAUUAGCAAAGAUCCUUCCACAACCUGUCACCCCCCAGGAGAGGAGUCAAAAGCAGGCCAAGAGGAGGCUGGAGUUUCAGCCCCCAACUCUCAGCCCGCCAACGAAAGCCACUCUGUCUGCGCCAUCCUCAGAAAUAUCUUAGUCCCGGCUCUCUCCGUCUGCUUCGUCUUCACCAUCACCAUUGGGAUGUUUCCUGCCGUGGCUGCUGAGGUCAAGUCCAGCAUUGCGGGCACCAGCGCCUGGAGAGACUACUUCAUUCCUGUGUCCUGUUUCUUGACUUUCAAUAUCUUUGACUGGCUGGGCCGGAGCCUCACAGCCUUCACCAUGUGGCCUGGGAAGGACAGCCGCUGGCUGCCAAUCCUGGUGCUGGCCCGGCUGGCCUUUGUGCCCCUGCUGCUGCUGUGUAACGUCCAUCCCCGCCACAACCUGGCUGUGGUCUUUGAGCACGAUGCCUGGUUCAUCUUCUUCAUGGCUGCCUUCGCCUUCUCCAACGGCUAUCUCGCCAGUCUCUGCAUGUGCUUUGGGCCCAAGAAAGUGAAGCCAGCCGAGGCAGAGACAGCUGGAGCCAUCAUGGCCUUCUUUCUGUCUCUGGGCCUGGCGCUGGGGGCUAUCUUCUCCUUCCUGUUCCGGGCAAUCGUGUGACCGAGGAUGGACGGAAGGAUGGCACCGGCCGCCUGCUCCUGCCUGCCUUCUCCUUCAGAGAUGGGCUGGGGUCCUCUGGAGGUUUUCUCUUCUAGCUGACUUCUGCUGUCUCACAGCCUGUGCUGGGCCCAGCAUCCAGACCUGGAGGAGAGAGCCUCUGAGGAUGGAUGGUGGGGACAUUGUGGGCCUGAGGGUCAGUUGAGGGAGGGGACACGGCCUCUGUGUCUGCUCAUGUCCCCCCACCCCCCACCUGGCUAUGAGAGCAGCAGAGGCUCCUAGUCUCAGAGAGUGUGUGUCAUGUGUCUACCUGUUUGCCUGUACCAGGGGUGGCUAGGGGCCAGGACUGCUUGUUCUGAAGUCUUAUCUGAUAUUUCUGCCCCCUUCUCCCCAUGUGCCUCUUCCCCCUACCUCUCCAUGUUCUUGCCCAUCAUGAACCCUGUACAGUUGCCAUUUUACUGCCUGUUUUUUAAUACUCAAACCAGGUGCCUUCAAAGGCUCUCUGAUUAAAUAAACUUUUUUUUUUUUUUUU